CUCCGACUGGGGCUGGCAGAGGCUGAGGAAUCCGCUCCCGGGGCCAGGGGACAGGACCCCGGCGUGGAGCGCGGUGGCAGGACGAGCCCAAGCGGGACCCUAGGCCCGAGAACGACCUCCCGAGCCUCGAGACUGCGGGGCCUCCCGGCCCGGCUGGCAUCUGAGAGGAGAAAGGGGCGCCCCGGCACCGCCGCGCGCCACUCUCCAGGAUGCCCGUGGCUCCGGCGUCCUUACCAGACGCAGGAGGCCGUUUUCAGCACCCUCGCCGCGGUGCGGCCUGCGCUCAGCACUGACGCCGGAGCCGCAGUCCUCGUUUCCGUGACAUGAACGCUCCUCGGGCGCCCUCUCGUGGACGUCGGCGCUAGCGCCGGUGAAUGCCGAGCGAUGGCGACCGCGCUGCCGCCGCGCCCCCAGCCGGCCCGCGGGAACCAGACCCUGCAGGAGCACUACAACUACGUGGGCAAGCUGACAGGCAGGCUGAAGGAGGCCCCUGAGGGCAGCACGCUCACCACCGUCCUCUUCUUGGUCAUCUGCAGCUUCAUCGUCCUGGAGAACCUGAUGGUUCUGAUUGCCAUCUGGAAAAACAAUAAAUUUCACAACCGCAUGUACUUUUUCAUCGGCAACCUGGCUCUCUGCGACCUGCUGGCCGGCAUCGCUUACGCCGUCAACAUUCUGAUGUCCGGCAAGAAGACGUUCAGCCUGUCUCCGACGGUCUGGUUCCUGCGGGAGGGCAGCAUGUUCGUGGCCCUCGGGGCGUCCACCUGCAGCUUGCUGGCCAUUGCUAUCGAGCGGCAUUUGACCAUGAUCAAGAUGAGGCCUUACGACGCCAACAAGAAGCACCGCGUCUUCCUUCUGAUCGGGAUGUGCUGGCUCAUCGCGUUUUCGCUGGGCGCCUUGCCCAUCCUGGGCUGGAACUGCCUGCACAGCCUCCCCGACUGCUCCACCAUCCUGCCGCUCUACUCCAAGAAGUACAUCGCCUUCUGCAUCAGCAUCUUCACAGCCAUCCUGCUGACCAUCGUCAUCCUCUAUGCGCGCAUCUAUUUCCUGGUGAAGUCCAGCAGCCGCAAGGUGGCCAACCACAACAACUCGGAGCGGUCCAUGGCCCUGCUGCGCACCGUGGUGAUUGUCGUGAGCGUGUUCAUCGCCUGCUGGUCCCCGCUCUUCAUCCUCUUCCUCGUCGACGUGGCCUGCAGGGUGAAGGCGUGCCCUGUGCUGUUCGAGGCCCGGUGGUUCAUCGUGCUGGCUGUGCUCAACUCCGCCAUGAACCCCGUCAUCUACACGCUGGCCAGCAAGGAGAUGCGACGCGCCUUCUUCCGCCUGGUCUGCAACUGCCUGGUCAGGGGCCCGGGGGCCCACGCCUCGCCCACCCAGCCCGCUCUCGACCCGAGCAGAAGCAAAUCAAGCAGCAGCAACAACAGCAGCCACUCCCCGAAGGUCAGGGAAGACCUGCCCCACGCAGCCACCUCGUCCUGCAUCGUUGACAGAAGCCAAACGCUGCAGAAUGGGAUCCUCUGCAAGUGACACGUCCAUGCGCCCGCCCUGCAGCUGUGUUCUUGCAGAUGCAUGCGUCGCUUCCACGUGGGCCCUUCGAGAGUGUGACUCGGGAGAGCUACGUCACUGUGCCCAAGGCCUGCCCAGUGUGGAGUCCCCUAAGGAGCGGACCCCAGGACUCUCCAGCCCAUUGCAGUGUGGACUCCGUGCCUUGUCCGUCUUGGGCUGCAGAGUCUUCUGAAUGCAGAAGACUACUACACCUCUGACGUCGUCCGCCGCCUGCCGCUGAAGCUGGGACACCACUCUCUGUUCCCAGAGAGGGGAGGUCGUGGGCUGCACACACUGUUUCUCUCUGUGCCUCUGGGUGGUGUCUGGAUAACUUCACUACAUUUAUUGUGCACAGAAUGGAUGCUCGUAUAGCUUACACUUCUAUUUCCAGUUUGUGUUCUGGGUGUGUGCUGUGUGACACCUACGUGAAGUCUCUACACCACACAGUUAUGUGACAGGUUAUACAAGGGUGUUCUGAUGGAACCCCCAGGUACAAGGACAUGGUUGUGACUUAGGUGGACACGCUGUUCCCAGUCUUCUCAGACUGACAUGAAGUCUUGUGUUAAGCAAGUUUUUAAAGGCCCAAAUUCUCAAAAAGGACACCUCCAAGGCUGGGCCCAGAUGUGUGGGUCUGACCCAAACAAACCCUGUGUGUCUUCAGUCAUGUGUCCCUGCAUCAUUUUGAGCACAUCCCGAAGCCAAAUCACAUGAUGGUUUUGGGGUUUCUGCAAAUUACUGAAGAGCCAGCCAAGGUCUCCCAGAGU